AUGCAUUCACAACAUUCAGAAAUGCAGUACAAGGAUGAAGUACAAGGAAAAGAGUUAGAAGCUAUAAAUGGUGUAUCAGUUUAUUUAUGGACGAUAAUUCCCAAAGCAAGCAAUAACUCUUCAUGUAGUGGAAGAAAAAUGUGGAAUCACAGACGACUUUCAAGCCUAUAUUGGAUUUACACAUUAAGCAGUUUAUUCGUAGUUCUAGUUCGUUGCAUGACCUCGGGUACGAUAAAUUUCAAGAUAAAUUUUCACUCAAGUUUGAAUACUCGCAAAAAAAGUUUGUUAAGAGUCGAGAAGUACUUUGAAGUGAUAGGAUGUAUCUUAGCAUUAGAUAAACAUAAUCCACAUAAUCCAAAGAAUUCUGUCAUGUUUUCAUGGUGCUUAACAAAAUGA